GUAAGCUGAGAAUCGAUUUAGUUCGGUUUACGGUGAUCAAAGAUACAAACGCGAAAAGUUUCUAUUUUGUGCUGCGCAUAGCAUUUAAAAAAUUCAGUGUCAAGUAACCAGAAAGCAACAACAGGAGCAUUAUUUAUUUUAAACUAUUCCUUUUAUUAUUUAGUAAACAGUCAAAAUACGUUUCUUAAUAAUUGUAUCAGGUGUAAUUCAUUUUGAUUGGAAAUAGUGCUUCUGACUCAAUAGAAUCCUCACUAGCACGACAUUCACAUGAGGUAUAAGUUUCAAAUGCCGCAGAUGUGGACGCUGUUGUUGCUGUUGUUCGGCAUGGUGAUGGGAUAUGAAGGAAAUAUAGAGAGAAAUAACAAGCUACUCACAGAUGAGUUGCCUCGACCAUUAACGCCGUUAGAAGAACUGCCAGAUAAUCAGAACCAAAGUGAGAGGAAUCCCCGCUCGCGUCGCCCCACGCUGAUGGAUGUGGCACUACAGCAGAGUGUGCAGCAAGGACUCAAUGCCAUGGCCGAGCUGUAUGGUCGAAUACAACCGCAAAUGCUUCUCAAUGGGCAAACUCUGCAGCACAAUCAUCCAGCCGCCCUACUCUCACGCUUCAAUGCACCCAACACGGAAACUGAGCACCGAGAAAUGGCCGCCUAUGCAACCAUAGAAGCUGCCAAAGCCUUUCGUCAAAAGUAAGUUCCUCUUCCACCCAGGAUGAAUGCGUGAAUCAGUCUAUUUGUAUAUAUCUGAAUAGAAUGAGUAGCUUCAAAAUACCCUCAUAUGGUCUUGACAUAUGGUGAAAGUUAUUGCCAACUGUGCAAAAUUAAAAGUCAAAGUGGUCGUGGGUAGCUUGAGAAAUUGUAAUAUCAAUAUCAAUUCAAGCAUAUAUUCAAAAUUAAAAUAUAAAAAUGCAAAAAUGUCCAUAUUGAGCACAGAAAGUG